AUGUUUCUUACACCACAGAAAAGACCCCGUUUCCAUGCUUCACAACCUCAAGAUCAACACUUUCGUCAUGAGGUCCAUCCCGCCCCCGCAAGGGUUGACGAUGCCAACUCCGUCUUUCCAACGGCACAAUUGGGAGUACUGGCGCUCGUCCGCCUCGCAGAACCCGUGGCCUUGACAUCCAUCUUCCCCUACUCAUGGCCUAUGACCAUCUCUUUCGGCAUUCCUGAGCGCUCGGCCGCGUUCUAUGCCGGCAUCCUGGUCGCCGCCUUCUCCGCUGCCGAAGCAGUAACGGGCAUGUUCUGGGGAUCCCUCUCCGAUCGUGUGGGUCGCAAACCGAUCCUCCUCUUCGGUUGCGUGGGCACUCUAACGAGUCUGCUCAUAGUUGGGUUUGCUGGUAACUUCUGGCUGGCUCUGGCUGGGCGGAUUCUGGGCGGUCUACUCAAUGGCAACAUUGGGGUCAUCCAAACAAUGGUUGGCGAGCUGGUCAAGAACCCCGCCCACGAGCCGAAAGCCUUCGCUGUGAUGCCAUUCAUUUGGUCUGUCGGCACCAUGGUAGGCCCGGCUAUUGGGGGUUACUUUGCCCACCCGGCGAAGAGCUUCCCAUCGGUCUUCCCAUCGGACUCGGUCUUCGGUAGGUUCCCAUACCUGCUUCCCAAUCUUAUUUGCGCCGCCCUGCUUGCCGUCUCCAUUGUUGCUGGGUUCUUCUUACUGGAAGAAACAAACUCUGCAUUCCUAAAGGACAAUGAGGCAACCUUACUCGGUGAUGGCACGAACGAACCACUGCUCUCUCGCGCCACUGAUGGCCAGCAAGAUGUGUAUGGGACAUUUCAUGCUGAAUAUGCCAUGUCCGACGAAUCCUUGGAUUUUUACGCGAAGGAGCGGACUCCUUCGAUUCCAUCAUUUACUUAUCGCAAGGUUUUCACUAAACCUAUCGUCAUGCUCAUCGUCGCACUAGGAUUGUUCACCUAUCACUCCAUGUGCUUCGACCAUCUCCUACCUAUCUUCCUACAGGACGGCCGUGCUCCGACUCUGUCACUCUCUGGUGGUCUGGGCCUCGCUACCCAAUCCGUCGGGAUCAUCAUGUCUGUCGAUGGCCUCCUCGCCCUCUUCAUCCAGGCAUUCAUUUUCCCCCCACUUGUCAAUUUCCUGGGAGUCUGGCGCACCUUCGUUGUCGUCACCACUGGCCACCCAUUCGCACUCUUCCUCGUCCCGUAUCUCACACUCCUUCCGCAGCAUCUCGUCUACCCUGGCAUCUUCACUUGCCUUGCCCUCCGAAACAUCUGCUCUAUUCUCGCCUUUCCUCUCCUCCUCAUCCUUAUCAAAGAAGCCGCUAUGGCUUCCUCUCCAUCUAUGCUUGGCACUGUCAAUGGCCUCGCUGCAUCGACCGGGGGAUUGUGCCGCAUGAUCGCCAGUCCGAUCGCCGGCUUGCUCUUCGGAUUCGGCGCUGACAUCGGCCUCGACGCUCUUGCCUGGUGGGGCGCCUGCGGUAUCGCCAUUGUCGGCAUUCUUCAAAUCCCCUUCAUCCAACCCGCCGCCGACGAGCCGAUCAAUGUUACGGAUGGCUGGCAGGCGCAGGGUGAAAUGGAGGCACAUACGGGAGAGAAUUCCGUGGUCGAUGUGUUUGUUUCUGAAGCCAACUCAUCCCUGAAGGACCCUUCCUUGCCCGUUCAUGAUGACCCAAAUUCCCCCGACGGCAGAUCUCGACCAGGACAUCGAGACGAGUGA